GUUAUAAUUUUUUUCUUUUUAAAUUAAUUGUGAAUUUCUUGGGCAUAUCAUAGGGAAGGAAGGAAGCUAAGGAAUUAUAGCCUAGCGCCUUGCUUCUGCCUGGGUUUACUUCUGCUUUUAGGAAAGGGAUUGGAUUUGGACUUUGGUGAAGAAGAUGUUGGGAGAAUUGGUAACCAGUAGCCUUGUGUUGGUUCUUGGGUAUGCAUACCCUGCCAUUGAAUGCUUCAAAAGUGUGGACAAGAACAGAGGGGAUAAUGCUGAGCUUCGCUUUUGGUGUCAAUAUUGGAUAAUUGUGGCAUUGGUUAGAGUUUUGGAGAGCAUUUGUGAUCUUUCCAUGUCAUGGAUGCCAAUGUAUACCGAGUUGAAGUUGGCACUCUUCAUUUACUUGUGGCAUCCCAAAACAAAGGGGACAACAUAUAUAUACGAAACAAUGUUGACUCCUUUGGUUAAAAAGCAUAAAGUGGACAUUGAUGGAAGAUUCUCCAGCUUGAGAGAAACUGCAUGGAACUUGGCCAUCUAUUAUUGGCACAAUGGCACUGAAUUAGGGCAGGCCAAGAUGCUUGACUUUUUUGCCCCUUCUCCAUCCAAAAACAAUGGCACCCAACAAAGUUCCAAGAAGGAUCAAUACAAUUGUAAGAGUGUAACGUCGUCAACCGGACGUCAAAGCUCGCCGUCGUCUUAUGGUUUUUUCAAGAGGAAGUCAUCUGACAAGCGGCGAUCGUCGCCAUUUUCUCCUUUCCCAGCGUACCGGUCCGUGUCGGGCCCGGCUAAGUCGGAUGUAGUUGAAGUUCAACUACCGGUUCAAACUCAAGUUGUAUUUGAAGGCAAAAGUGGUUAAUUUGAGUUGUUGAACAUGCAUAUACGAGUACAUAUUUUAUAACCAAAGAAGAAAAAAAGGAAUCGUGAAAUUAAUUGUACAAAGGAGGUUUAGCUGCACAAAACAGAAUUUGAAUUUGAUUAUUUGAUAUUAAAUACGUAGAAUUAAU